AAUGGGUUCCGUCCCUGCUUACCGCGCUGCGUCGUGUCCCGCGAGCGGCCCGCGCGCCCAUCAGCCGCCGCCGCGGCCUCCCGGCCGGCGCCCGGGCAGGGGGCGGCGGGCCCGGGGCCGCGAGAGUGCGGGUGACAGGCCCGGCCUCGCGGGAGGCCGAGGCGGCGGGCGCUCCCGCCCCGCGCCGGCUGUUCAUGAAGCAUGUCGGCCACCAACGUGGACCCCCAGAGAAGCAAAGGACAAGACAAUAAAGUACAAAAUGGUUCUUUGCAUCAGAAGGAUACAGUUCAUGACAAUGACUUUGAGCCCUACCUUUCUGGACAGUCAAAUCAGAGUAACAGUUACCCCUCCAUGGCUGACCCCUACCUGUCCAGCUAUUACCCGCCGUCCAUUGGAUUCCCUUACUCCCUUAAUGAGGCACCGUGGUCAACUGGAGGGGACCCUCCCAUCCCGUACCUCACCACCUACGGACAGCUCAGCAAUGGCGAUCAUCACUUCAUGCAUGACGCCGUGUUUGGACAGCCUGGGGGCCUGGGGAACAACAUCUAUCAGCACAGGUUUAAUUUCUUCCCUGAAAACCCUGCCUUCUCAGCCUGGGGGACAAGUGGGUCUCAGGGACAGCAGGCCCAGAGUUCUGCUUAUGGGAGCAGCUACACCUACCCGCCGAGCUCCCUGGGUGGCACGAUUGUGGACGGGCAGACGGGCUUUCACAGCGACACCCUCAACAAGGCCCCCGGGAUGAACAGCCUGGAGCAGGGCAUGGUGGGCCUGAAGAUCGGUGAUGUCACCACCUCUGCAGUUAAGACAGUGGGCUCAGUCGUCAGCAGUGUGGCAAUGACUGGUGUGCUUUCUGGCAAUGGUGGGACAAAUGUAAACAUGCCGGUUUCGAAGCCGACUUCAUGGGCUGCCAUCGCCAGCAAGCCAGCAAAGCCGCAGCCGAAAAUGAAAGCCAAGGGCGGACCUGUCAUCGGGGCCGCACUGCCCCCUCCGCCUAUAAAGCAUAACAUGGACAUUGGCACCUGGGAUAACAAGGGGCCCGUGCCCAAGGCCCUGGCCCCACAGCAGGUGCCGGCUCCCCAAUCUGCCCCCCAGCCUCAACCGGUUGUGCAGCCUCUGUCAGUUCAGCCCCCACCUUUGGCCCAACCACAGUAUCAGAGUUCUCAGCCGUUGCCCCAAACCCGCUGGGUCGCCCCCCGCAACAGGAAUGCAGCGUUUGGGCAGAGCUCGGGGACGGGGGGUAACAGUCACUCCCCUGGAAGCACCCAGUCUGGUUCUGCCCUGAGCGCAGAAUCCCAUCCAGUCCUUGAGAAACUGAAGGCUGCCCACAGCUACAACCCUAAGGAGUUUGACUGGAACCUGCGGAGUGGCCGCGUGUUCAUAAUAAAGAGCUACUCGGAGGAUGACGUGCACCGCUCCAUCAAGUACUCCAUCUGGUGCAGCACCGAGCACGGUAACAAGCGCCUGGAUGGCGCCUUCCGCUCCGUCGGCAGCAAGGGACCUGUCUACCUGCUCUUCAGCGUCAACGGUAGCGGCCACUUCUGUGGGGUGGCGGAGAUGAAGUCGCCCGUGGACUACGGCACAAGUGCUGGGGUCUGGUCUCAGGACAAGUGGAAGGGCAAGUUUGACGUGAAGUGGAUUUUUGUUAAGGACGUGCCCAACAACCAGCUCCGGCACAUCCGACUGGAGAACAAUGACAACAAGCCGGUCACAAACUCCCGCGACACCCAGGAGGUGCCCUUAGAAAAAGCAAAGCAAGUGCUGAAAAUCAUCGCCUCCUACAAGCACACCACUUCCAUCUUUGAUGACUUUUCUCACUAUGAGAAGCGACAGGAGGAAGAGGAGGUGGUGCGCAAGGAACGGCAGAAUCGGAACAAACAGUAAGGAUGAGCUGGUUUCUGUUAUGAUCUAAUGUUUGAUUGAAAAGCCAAGUUUCAGAACGUGUGCUUGGUGCUGUGCCUGGGUCAGCCCAGCCGUCUUCCUGUGCAGGCCUUGUGCUGCCUCUCUGCGUUCUCUGUCAUUUGUUUUUGCCCAGGUGGCUCUUCACUCAUGUGUAUUUUUUCUGUGUAUUAUAGUAUUGUAGAACUCACUAAUAAAGAAAGUUUUCGUCAGCUUAUCAAUCA